CUGCAAAGUCAAUAGUCACCUUAACCUUAGGUUUCAUGUUAUGUCACACUUUCUUCAACAACACCGCUAAUUUUCGUCUUACUUUCUCUGCGUUUUCAAAAUGACCGAUUCUUCUCCUCUUCUCCCUCCAUCACCGGUUACUGAGAUCGACCUUGAAGCCGCUCCCUCCCAACAAAUUCAAUGCCGGAUUUGUCUUGAAACUGACGGUAGAGAUUUCAUUGCCCCUUGCAAAUGCAAAGGGACGUCAAAGUAUGUACAUCGAGAGUGUUUGGAUCAUUGGCGAGCGGUUAAGGAAGGGUUUGCGUUUGCUCACUGCACUACCUGCAAGGCUCAAUACCAUUUGAGUGUUCAUGAUGCUUACAGAAAAUGGCGUACUUUCAAAUUUCGGUUUUUUGUAACCAGAGACAUUUUGUUUAUAUUUUUGGCUGUACAGCUUGUGAUUGCUGCACUGGCCUAUUUGGUUUAUCUGAUAGAUGGUUCCCAGCAGUAUCAGCUUCGUCUUGUUUUCGGUUUUGAUAAUGUGUUGAGCUUUUACUAUAUAUGUGGAGCAGUGUUGUUUUUUGUGUUUAUUGGCCUCUCUGGAUGCUUUAUCACUUGUUCUGAUCGAGCAGUUCUCAAUGAUUUGGAUCAGCCUUGUCGAGAAAUAUGUCUUUGUUGCUGUCAACCCGGAGUUCGUGCCAACUAUAAUUAUGGAGGUACUUCUUUCACGUGGCUUGAAUGUAAUUCAUGCUUGGAGAGUUGCGGAAACAUGGAAACGGAAUGUUGUGGUUGCAUGAGAGGUUCCGAGGAUACAGAGCUACCAGUACUACUCAUAAUGGCUUUGAUUUUUGUAGUACUCUUUACUGUAAUUGGGAUAUUUUACAGUGUAUUAGUGGCUACAAUGGUAGGACAACGGAUAUGGCAGCGUCAUCAUCACAUACUUGCAAAAAGGAUGCUAACAAAGGAGUACGUGGUUGAAGACAUUGAUGGAGAGAUAACAGGACCUGAUUGGUGUCCUCCAUCCAUCCCUGCGGAGCAUGUACAGCACCUCAAAACAUUGGGCCUCCUAUGAAUUUGAAGGGAUCAUAAAGACCUUGGUUGGCAGUUUGGCCCUUGUUAGGAAGAUAUGCACUUCGCUCAUAAAAUUCCCGAGCCACUCUCACUUAGGUUUCACUUGUAUAAUUGUUCUAGUGUUUGGAAAUUUGUGAAUUUUUCAUGUACAGAUUUAAUUCAUAUAGACAUAUAUA